AUGUGGAAUCCAAAUUCAAUGGACCAUAGACAAAUGGAGAAGAGAGUGAUUGUUGGUCGUGUAAGACCAACGUGGGCAAGGAACCUUCCUGAAGCGAGGGAUGAUGAUGAAAGUUCCGAUGUGAACAUGAUGCCUCAAAGCGAUCCACCAUCACCUUCCGAUCAAUGGGACAAGCAUGGGAAACUGGAUGAUAAAUAUGAUGUUUUUGGAAAGGUUAUGUUGCUGGGAGAUAGCGGCGUGGGUAAAACAUGCAUGCUCGUCCGGUUCCGGGAUGGCACGUUUCUUGCCGGCAACUACAUUUCUACCGUUGGAAUUGACUUCCGGAAUAAAGUAGUUGCUGUGGACGGAAUCAAAGUGAAGCUUCAGAUAUGGGACACAGCUGGACAAGAGCGCUUUCGUAGCGUCACACACGCCUAUUACAGAGACGCUCAUGCCCUUCUCCUGCUCUACGAUGUGACAAAUAAAACCAGUUUUGACAACAUUCGCGCGUGGCUCGGCGAGAUAAGAGAGUACGCGCAAGACGAUGUCGUCAUCAUGCUUCUUGGAAACAAGUCGGACAGCGGCCUCGAGCGGGCGGUGAGGCGGGAGGAGGGACAGCGUUUGGCGCGAGAAUAUCAAGUCUCGUUUAUGGAGACAUCGGCAAAAACCGGGUUGAAUGUAGAAGCAGCGUUCGCUCAUGUUGCACGCGCUUUGGUCGUGAAAGCGGAUCCCGCUGACCCGGCGCGUCUGGCCGUGCGCGCGCAGCCCUCGCAAGAACAACGCUCUAGCUGCCCGCCGUGCUCUUAA